AUGGACUUUGAUCACAAGAAUGUCAGAUUAGUUUUGAAUGAAGAUAGAGUGAGCGGUUUGCCUGAUGAACUUAUUCAUCAUAUCCUCUCUUGUAUUGAUGACACCAAAUUUGUUGUGCAAACAUGUUUGCUGCUGUCUCCAAGAUGGCAGCUUCUCUGGAAGUCAUUGCCUCGUCUCAGCUUUUCUAGUGGUAGUUUCCCUACUCUACCUAAAUUCUCCAAGUUUGUGACCAAUGCUCUCUCUCGUCGCAACAAUCACGUGGAAGUGUCUUCGGUAAAGCUAAAAUACAUUGGAGCAGCCAGUCAAGCGUUUGUGAAGAAGAUCGCAAAUUAUGCGUUUUCUCACAAUGUCCAAGAAUUAAUCGUCAAAAGUUGGCCCAAAAACCACUAUGAUUACCCUCCUUGCCUCUUUAGCUCCACCUCUCUUAAGCACUUCACUUUUAGCAGCUUUUUAAUUAGAUCUGACCUUACACCUAAAAUACCUAAGACACCUUGGAACUUUCCCGCCUUAACUACUUUGGGUCUCAGUGACAUCACAUUGUGUGAGGAUAAGCGUGAAUAUCUUGAUCUAUUUUCCAAGUGUGUGAACUUGAAAAACCUUUAUUUGAAUUGUUUCAUUGUCGAGGCUAAGCAACUUGAUUUGCUUAAAUGUAGAGUUGUAGACCCCGAUGAGAGGCCGGAUGCAUACAAAGUAAACGUGUCUACUGAAGCUAGAAACUUCUUGCUUGGGAACUCUCCAGGUGCCACGCUCAUCACGGAUAUACAUGAGGAACCACCUACAAAAGCAAUGAUUGCGAAACAGGCUAGGGAGAAGAAAAGAGCCAAAGCGAUUGCAGAUAUUUAG